CACCGAAUCGUUUUUGCGCCUAUUAGAUCAGAGAAGCCCGCCGCCCAAUAGAAACACGCCGCCCAGCCCUCACCCUCCGCGCGAUCUCGCCCGCGGCACAGGAUCUCGCCGCCUGGCACUGCCGACGGGACGGACGUCUGGCACUGCCGAUGGGACUCACGCCUGGCACUGCCCGCGGCACAGUAUCCCGCCCGCCGCUCCGACGCAGACCCGCGCGGUCGACGUACGACGGGGUAGCCGAAUCCGCCGUAGAUCAGGGUGCCAUGCAGGGUGAGGGAUCCCAUGCGCCGCCCGGUGGUCAGAUCAGGGGCGCCUUGCAGGGUGAGGGCUCCCAUGCGCCGCACGGGUCAGCAUCACGAGAUCAAGGACGUGCAAGUCAGGAACUGGACAACGCAGCGCAGGGACGCGCCGGUCGUGGCACUAGUUCUGUGAAACGUGGUGUGAUACGCGGUAGUAGGAGUGCCGGAAGGAGCAUUCGUGGUGGCCGAAGUGUUGGUAUUGACAUCGAUUUAAAUGCUCAAGGUCAGGAAGAUGAUGAACCAAUUGAAGUUGAAGCUGAAAUUACUGCAAAUAAUUCGAAGGAGAAAUAUGACAAGGCAGAUUGGUCAUCCAUGAAUACUAGAACUUUUUGUGAAAUAUGUGUUGAAGAGGUUGAAGCUGGUAACAGAUCAAAUGGAACACUAACUACUGCAGCGUAUAAAAAUAUUUGUGUUAAGUAUCGACAAAGAACUGGUUUGCUUCACAGCAAAACUCAAUUGAAGAAUAAGUGGGAUUUACUGAAAGGGCUUUACUUAAAAAUAUUUGUGUUAAGUAUCGAUAAACCUAGUUCAACUAGCUAUGAUUAGGUGAUGACAACAAUUAGUAAUCCAAACGAUUGCUAUGAUAUGUUUCGGAUGAGUAGACCUCUUAUUCAAAAGUUGCAUGUUGAUUUCAUCAUAUGGACUGAAGACAACUGAAAAUAUGUGUUCUUUGGAAGCACUUUGUAUGUUUUUAUGGACUAUUGGUGCCCCUCAAUCUGUCGUUUAAGUAAAAAAUAGAUUUCAGAGGUCAAAAGAAACUAUUAGUAGAAAGUUCUCAGAAGUGUUGAAUUGCAUAUUUCUCCUAUCAAAAGAUAUUGUGAAGCCAAGAGAUCCUCAAUUUACUACUGUCCAUGAAAGAUUACUAGGCAACCGAUUUCACCCUCAUUUCAAUUAUUGUAUUGGUGCAAUUGAUGGAACUCAUAUAAGGGUAGUUGUGCCAUCCUCUAAAUUGGUUCAACAUGUUGGUCGACAUGGAUAUCCCACCCAAAAUGUACUGUCCAUAUGUGAUUUCGACAUGAGGUUCACUUUUAUUGUUGCGGGAUGGCCGGGUUCUGCACAUGAUAUGAGGGUGUUCAAUAAUGCUCUAACAAAAUAUGCCACUAUUUUUCCACAUCCUCCACCAGGUAUCAUAUUGUUUAUUAUAUAAUUUCAAUUUAUAAAUUAUUAUGGUCUACUCUCAUAUGUCGGUGUAUUUUUAGGUAAAUAUUAUCUUGUUGACUCAGGAUACCCUAAUCGAUCUGGAUAUCUAGCACCAUACAAAGAAACAAAAUAUCAUUUACCUGAGUAUCGAGCGGGUCCCCGACCUAGCGGAAAAAAGGAGACAUUUAACUAUUUGCAUUCAUCUCUGCGUAAUGUGAUUGAACGCUCAUUUUGUGUUUUGAAGAUGAAGUGGAGAAUUCUGUUACACCUACCCAGUUAUCCUAUGGCCAAACAAUCCAAAAUAAUACAUACAUGUAUGGCUCUUCAUAAUUUUAUU